AUGGGGCUCUUCAUCCUUCAAGAGACUCCUGUGGGGUACGCACUUCUGAAAGCGAAGAGCUCAAAAAUAUUAAAGCAAGAUGGCUUUGCAGCCGAAGACGAGACUGCUGAGGGCAUUUGCAGCCUUCUUAAAUUGAAAGAUUUUCAUAAAUUCGACAGCGCUGCUACAGCCCUUGAACAAACCGCUGCUCUAGUGGAGGGCAAAGUUACGCCUCGACUGUCGGGCUUGUUAGACUCGAUCAAGGAUGAAAAGAAAGUCUCUCUGGCGGUCGCUGACCCUAAGCUCGCCAAUGCCAUCAACAAGCUGCCACAAUUGUCCCUCAAUCUCAUAUCCGACUCCAGUACACAAGACCUCUACCGAGCCAUUCGCAACCACCUUCCUUCUUUGAUCCCUGGCCUUCUUCCGCAAGACAUCUCCUCAAUGUCUCUAGGUCUCUCACAUUCGCUCUCGAGGCACAAGCUCAAAUUUUCGCCGGACAAGGUAGAUACUAUGAUUGUUCAGGCCAUCUCGCUUUUAGAUGAUCUCGACAAGGAGUUGAACACCUACGCAAUGCGUGUCAAGGAAUGGUAUGGUUGGCAUUUUCCCGAGAUGGGCAGAAUCGUGAACGAUAACCUUGCCUACGCACGUGUCAUUCUAAGCAUGGGUAUGCGAACAAGUGCUGCGAAAGCAGACCUUGCGGAGAUACUGCCCGAAGAGAUAGAGGCCGCGGUCAAAGCUGCCGCAGAAGUUUCCAUGGGUACUGAGAUUACCACUGAAGAUCUUGAGAACAUUCAAGCGCUUGCCGAGCAGGUUGUCAGUUUCACCGAAUAUCGCCAGCAACUCUCUGGUUAUCUCUCCGCUCGAAUGGCCGCAAUCGCUCCCAAUCUGACUGCUCUGGUCGGCGACCUCGUCGGCGCUCGGCUAAUUGCCCAUGCGGGAAGUCUCAUGAACCUAGCCAAGAGUCCAGCAAGUACGAUCCAGAUUCUGGGUGCUGAAAAGGCCUUGUUUCGCGCUCUGAAAACAAAGCACGACACUCCCAAAUAUGGAUUGAUUUACCACGCAUCCCUGAUAGGCCAGGCUACAGGGAAGAACAAGGGCAAAAUAGCCCGAAUGUUAGCCACUAAGGCGGCGCUGGGACUCCGCGUUGACGCUCUGGCGGACUGGAGCGCAGAGGGAGAAGGCAAGGGGGAUCUCGUCACAGAAGAAGAGAAAUCUGCACUUGGAGUUGACAAUCGGCUGAAGAUUGAGCGCCGACUAGCAAGUUUAGAAGGGAAGCCUCUACGAUCAAAGGGUGUCGCAAUAGCUCCAAACGGUGUCUCAUUUACGCCUGGUAAAUGGGAAGUAAAAGAAGCACGGAAAUACAACCCGGAUGCUGAUGGGCUUGCUGGUGACGAGCCAGCUGCAGCUGAACCAGUCUCCAAGAAAUCCAAGAAGGACAAGCCGAAGUUGAUCGAAGAAGUAGCCGAAGAGCCAGCACCUCAAAUGUCGAAGAAAGACAAGAAGGAGUCGAAUCACAUCAAGCCGAUCGAAGAGGUUGUGGAAGAUGCCAUGCAGGAGGACCAAAAUGCCCCUGACGAAGAAGAGGAAGAGAGCUCCGACGAGGAAAUGGAAGGUGAGCCAGAGGCUCCAAUAUCUCCACCGGCAACCCAGCCUAAAGCAGCGAGUGAAACGACCACAAAGACAGCAAAGACCAAUGGAGUUGAAGAUCACGAGGCCAACGGAAACGACAAGUCUGAAACGAUAUCAACAGUGUCAGCGGACACUCCUGACUCGCCACCUUCCCCUACCCAACAGGAGACCAACUGGCAAUCACCUAUAACCGGAAACACCAAAGAAGCCAAGAAGGCCCGGAAGAAGGAGCGACACGCUCGAAAGCUCGUGUUAUCAGAGGACAGGAGCAAAUCGAAAAAGCUCCAGAGAGAGAAAUUGGCUCGAAGACUCGACCGUAAGGAGCGACGGCAGAAGCGAGCAGAGCAAAUAGAGCGACGGGAGGAAAGGGACGACGCAGAAUUCGGUGCUUUGGCCAAAAAGGCAGGUCUUACGAUCAGUCGGUAUAAGAGGAAGCUUGAGAGAGGUGAGAUCAAGUUUGAAGCCGAUGGUAGGCCUAUGGCCAUUAGCAAAAAGGAGAUAAAAAAGGCAAGGAAGGCGGCGGAGAAAGCCGGAAAGGCAUCUAAAGCCGAUUUGGACACUAGCAAAAAGAGAAAGAGGGACGAUGAGGACGCCGAGGCUGGUGCCGUCGAGAUGUUGGAGAAGAAAAAGAAGAAGAAGAAGCACCACAAGGGUGAGGCUUAA